AUGUCACACGGUGAUUUCUCUGGGUGGAUGGUACCCAACGCUGCUCUGCAAGCCAUUUGCCUCACACCUCACGCCCGCGGCACUGCUAUAGCGGUGGCGCCUAAAGGUCAUUUGAGCACUUCAGGCACCUCGGGUUCAUCAUCUUCGUUCUCUACAAAGACCCCGGUGGCGCAGCAAACCUGUUUCAAUUUCAAUUGUGGUACCUGCAAAACUCUCCCCUGCCCAACUGGACGUCUUCACAAGUGCCAAUCUUGUGGCGCAGAUGAUUACAGUAAGACCGAUUGCACACGUAGCGGAGUGUCAACCCCGCUUGUGCUGCAAUCCUGGUCUUUUUUCCUCCGUGAUUAUCCUGACUGCACCUUUGUCUCGUCACUUCUUAACAUCGUUGAGCAUGGCACAGAUAUUGGAUUUGUCGGGCCCAACAUGGAGCACUCAUGCUCUAACUUGCGCUCCGCAUUUGAAGACUCAGCUUUCAUGGACGCUGCGGUUGCUAAGCUGGUGGAUAAUGCUCAAGUUCACGGCCCGUUCCCGACACCUCCACUGCCGGACUUUUUCUGCUCUCCAUUAGGCGCCAUCUCCAAGAAACACGACCCUGGUAAGCACUGA